AAAAUACAUAAGUAUUGACGAUCAGCGUCCAGCUCCCUCCUUCCCUAACCACCAAUACCGCCACUCUAAUGGAUCUUCUCCUCCGAGCCACAGACACUAUCAAGUCUUUAAGGGAAACUCGCCUCUCUGGCAUCAGGCCCCCAACCGAAUUUUUCGAUUAUCAACGCAUCUCAAGACCCGCUGAUUUCAAUCAGGCUACGUCGCGGAUAUCUUACAAUACCCGUUAUUUUUCAGGAAACUAUGGGCUCAUAGUCGCUCUUCUUGGAGUAUACGCCGUCCUGACAAAUCCCCUCCUUCUCAUCUCCCUUGCCUUCCUUGUGCUAGGCUUCGCUGCCAUUAACAAGUUCGCUCCCGAAGCGACCCAGUUUGGCGAGCACGUCGUCACACAGAAGCACCUUUAUACUGGUCUCUUCGUCAUUGGCAUUCCAAUGUUCUGGCUAGCUGGUCCAUUUAGCACCUUCUUCUGGCUCAUCGGCGCCUCAAGUGUUCUUGUCCUCGGUCAUGCGUCACUCCUUGAGCCAGGUGUUGAAAGUGAAUAUGCCUCUAUCCAAGAAAACGUCUAAUUUGUAGGCAAGGAGGCUUCGGAUAGAUUUGUAGCUUUUACCUAUCAUAUGGGAUUCACUUCCUUUUUACUUCUCCUUAUGCAGAUUCUGCAAUUGUAAUGAAGUCACGGACACGUUGACUGGAUUCUCUUCUGGAAAUGCUAUCUAUGAGUU